UAGCCAUGAAAGCGGCAUGUUUGUGGGUUCAUUAACACUGUGAAAUACGUUUCCAAGGUGGAUGAAUAUGCAGGUAUUCCUAUCGAGAUUGCGUGAAUUUGCUUUGAUUAACCCGUGAAUUCGGCACUCUAAACGAUGUGUUUUGAUGUGUGUUGAAACAAGGAAAAUUGACGGCCGUCGUCAUAGCAGGUUUCAUUUUCAAUUGUGUCGGCAUCCGCUGUUUUUUUUUAAUAUAACUACGGCAAGUCUGUACCGCCUGACGUUGAGACUUCACCGGUGAUGUGUGUAUUGAUAAAACCCUUAAAUCGGAGGAAACUUGUCAGAUAGACUUAUGGAGUUAUGGAGGAGCUAGAAAUACCUAACAAGAAGCGGAAAUUUGACGGAGGGAGUGCAGCCUCAACGCCAAACCACGUGGUGACCAAUGGAGAGUCUAUUGGAACAAGUGAUGCAGCUUCCACUCGACCGCCGUCCCAUCUAAAAUUUAAUCUGUCCAGAUUUGAGCGACUCCGCCAGAUUACAAUUGACUGUCAAAAGCAUACUCGCCCUCAACCGAAACCCAAUGGCAGUAAGAUAAUUCGAUGCAAAGGACCCGUAAAGGAACCGAACCCUGAGAUAAAUUCGUCGAACGAUGCAAACAGCCCAAGCCCUGACCUUAUUAUAUCGUCCGCUGGCUCAUCGCCGGCUCAUUCACCUAAACCAACGGAUUUCAAAAUGUUGUCCACGCCCCCGGGGUCGAAUAAACUCAGAGAUACAAAUCCUUCGACACUUGACAAUACUUCUGAACUGAACUCCUCUGAUCGCCAAAAGGCGUGUAUUAAACUUUUGGACAAAUUCGACGAAUCUUCAAGCCAAACGCUUUCUAAUGGAGUCUCCGCUGAGGCUAGGACUUUAGAACAGGAUUCCUUGGUUGAAGUUUUGGAUGAAGGCGAUCAAACGCGCCCCAUGAACCCUGGCGCCAAGGCUGUCCCUGUGAAUGGUGAAAUCAGUUUGUUAGGGGAGAAUAAAGUGUCAGCGGAUAAUGAUAAAACUUCUGCGAAGGAUCAAAGUUCACCAUCUUUAUCAGACCUGGCUCCCAGUUCUAGCGCGGAGGAAACUACGAGGGACUUUAAUUUUAAUUCGGAUGAAUUCAGACAAAUGGUCAAGAAAAUGAUCCAAGAGAGGAUGAGUCAAAUCCAGCAGUCAAUGGAUGACGACAGCCCGAACGACAAGCUCACUGUUAGGCUAGCUGCACUUGAGAAGGAGAACAAAGCAUUGAAAGAAUACGCCAAGAGGGUAGAAGAUUCUGUAAAAACGAUUUUAAAAGCUGAGAGCCUAAAAGCAAAGAAACGAGAAACUAAAGCUGUUCAAACCCAAGAUUUUAACUGGAGUAACGCUCUUCGUACGAAGACUGUGAAUGUUCCAUCUCCCCCAGCGAGUCUAACGGCUACCAGGCCCUCAAAUGCCAGUGUCAAUAUCAUGACUACACCAACACCACGACUCACUUCCACCGUAGCACCUUUGCCCGGCCACACAGUGCCGCAAUCCGCUCCUGUUAACUAUCGCCCUGCGGUUCAGAGGCAGUCGGAGCCUGUGCGUCCUCGUAUCCCUGUUGUAUCAAAUGUCUCGCCUCGUCCACAAGCACCUAUUGCAUCGGGUGCCAAUUACGUCCCUAAUUACGACCUUGGGCCAGCGCUUAGACCCACACCCACCCAGCUGGCAGUGCCAAGGGGUGCUGCUCCAACUGUGCGCCAAUUCCCUUCGGGUCAUUCAGGGUUUAAUGGCUUAAGAGCUCCUCCCCCGCCAAGUGUUCAACAUCCAAGGCCGAUGAUGAGGAUACAGCGACCCAUCACUAGCCUUCCUGGACCACGUAGCGUUGCUCCAGCUCCUUCCCGCCCGUUGCCCACGGUGACGGUUCAUCCGCAAACUCCGUCUAGUUCUACAUCUGUCCGGGGUCCCCCUGAGUUGCCUUCGUAUGGUUACAACACGCAAAACGCUUAUCAUAACGGGAAGCAUAGCCCGAGAUUUGCUGUAACUCCACAGAUGAGACCUCAAGCACCCCAGCCUCCCCAGGGUGGCCUCCCCCAAGUCACUCAAGUACCUAGACCAGCUUAUCCGCAGUCUCCUAUUCAAGCGUCGCAGUCCCAACAUAUGCUGCAACAGUCUCAUCGUCAAGAACAACAACAACACCCUCAACGACACCUCCCUCCAGUACUCGUAAGACAGAAUGCUCCAGUGCAAAUGCAGUCUCCUCCUCAUGCUGUCAGCCAGCAAGCUUCUCCUCACCCUCAGCAGCCCGGUAUGGUGCGUUAUCAACAAGUGGUUGGACCUCCGAGACAAGUUGCUCCACCGCAACCUUCAGUUCCCCAGCCAAGCUACGCACAAGUACCCAUAAGAUCCCCGCAGCCUGCCCAACAGGGUCUACCGCCGGGUUCAGGGCAACAUCCCCCCGUCUCUCCAGCAGCAGAAGCUAAAGACGUCCCUCCGAAACCUAGUGUCUCCAUAGCGGUAGCUUCGAGCGGUAUUGUUUUGUCGUGGUACAUGGCUCUUGAGGAGAGACACGCGCCUAUAAAGAACUAUCAACUGUUUGCGCUUCAGGACGGCGGCCCAACGGAGAACCCUCACCAGUGGAAGAAGAUUGGAGUCGUCAAAGCGUUGCCACUUCCUAUGGCUUGCACUCUGACUCAGUUCUCACCCGGCAAUAAGUACCACUUCUUGGUACGUGCUACUGAUGAAUAUGGACGACAGGGUGAGUGUAGUGAGGCCUGCACUAUCACGCUCAAAUGAAUCUUCUUUGGCACUAAAACAAACUUUAUUGUUGAGCUCAUCAUCGACAGUAAUUGUACUUGCAUAUAGCAAACUUAAUAUGGACUCUUUAGUCUGAAGUUAGUUUUGUACUCCAAAAACACAACGGCAAGCAAUGAUAGGUCCUUUGUAGAGCAAGGUACUUGGAGCAUAUGUGAAUCGAAAUUUAACAUACGUCUUCCUUACCGUUAUGCGCAGCCGAAGCCAAACGUAUUUAUAUCUUUUACUUCUGGAGGAAAGGAUCGCGAUCUCAGAUGCGCAAAAUUUAUUUUAUUACACCAAGGAUAUGAAUUAAUUGAUUUUCUACUGAUUGUUGGUUACUGUUUUGUAGAUUUUGUUAGCUUUUGGGAAUAAAAGAUUUUAACACUAGGUAGAACGAGCGUUGUAC